AUGUCAUGUUUCACUGAUCAAUUAAAAGAAAAGAUUAUCAGUCGUUUAUCGCUUUAUCGAAGAAGAUUUCAAAGAAAUCGUCAACGUUCAUCUACAACAAAAAAUACGGCUGAUGUUUCACCCUCACCCUAUCUAGAUCUCGUAUCGAAUCCAUUUACUUCACAAGAAUGGAAUUAUCUCAAACUAGGUCCGUCAUUUAUUCGAUUAAAUCAAAGUGUGUUACGUUCUGAUGAACAACAAGAAAUUGAAAUUAGAAAUGAACAUCGUGGUAUUUUUACUAAAGUUCAAAAUCAUCUUGUGAAUUUCUAUCAUAUACCAAGAACAGUACCAAUCUUUCAAGAUUAUUCUCAACAACUUCUCGAUUAUAUUCGCCAAUGUUAUUUUUCAUCAGUACCUUAUAAAGAUCGAAUUCAAGCAAAAAAAUAUGCUCAAAUCGUGGCAUCCACUCGGAAAAAGCUUAUGAAACAUCGUCUCGUUCUUCGUCUGACUGAUAAAGGACAUAAUUUUUAUGUUGGAUCGGCAAGUGAAUUUGAAAAGAAAUGUCAACAAUUCUUUCAUGAUACCAACACUUUUAUGGAAUUAACAGAGAAUCCAUUUGACGAUCUUCUAAAUAAAGUUAUUCAAUUGCUCAAUAGUUUUUAUUAUAAACAUAUUCGUCCUAUAUUUGAUAAACAUUGUUAUGCAACUACUAUUUUCGAUGGUGCUCAUUUCAUCAAACGAAUCAAUAAAUAUGUUAAAAAUGGACUUUUCAGACCAACUACCAUAUUCUGUACCUUUGAUAUUCAUAAUCUCUAUACUAUGUUACCACAAGAUGAAGCAUUAAAUAUUCUCGUUGAAUUUCUACAUGUUCAUGGAUAUCGUAAAGUCAAAGGAAUCGUACUUGAUACGAUUCGAAAAUUAGCAUCAAUUGUAAUUAAAGAAAAUAUGUUUGUCUAUGGAAAGAAAAUCUAUAAGCAAACAACAGGUGGGGCUAUGGGUUCAUCAUUUACAUUAACGCUAGCUAAUCUAUUUAUGUGGAAAUGGCAAAAAGAACUCGUUCGUCAGCAUAAUAUUUGUGGUGAAUUCUUCGGUCGGUAUAUUGAUGAUGUUUUUAUGGCAUGGAAUAGAACGGAACAAGAAUUACGAAAAUUAUUAGCUGACGCUAAUCAAUGGCAUCCAAACAUCUAG